AUGGACGCAAACGCCAGUGCUGACAUUACCGGCACAUCCGGGCAGCAGCUUCAGGUGUUGCCACUGAGCCAGGUGCUUUCGGGUACAAAUGGUCAGCCGAUUCUUGUACAAGCUCUACCGCAGCAGAUCUCAACGAGUACCCAGCCAACAAUGCAGAUGCUCCCAUUGGCACAGCUUCAGCAGUCCGGGGCCCAGAUAAUGGUCCAACCGACUGCCACAGCGCAGCCACAGGCACAAUUCAUUCAACUGGCAGACGGACAAACGCUCGUAGUGCACCCUCUUCCGGGGAUAGCGGAGAGUGUAGCCAGUCAGCCGCAGCUCAUAAACAUCAAUGGGAAUUUGCUGCAGCUUCCUGUCACGCAGACAGCCACAACGGCGGCCCAGCAAAUCCCCCAGCCGCAGGUAAUGAUGGUGGCUACGGAAGCACCUCAGCAGCAGGGGCAGCAGGCCACCAAAGUCACCCAGCAACCCACCACAACCACCCAGGCUACAACUGUUGCCGCCACAACGCCCAGCACCAGUGCCAGUGCCGAAUCCGAGGAUCAAAUUCUCUACGUCAAUGCGAAGCAGUACAAGCGAAUCCUGAAGCGACGGCAGGCACGAGCAAAACUUGAAGCGCAGGGAAGGAUACCCAAGGAGCGCUCAAAGUAUCUCCAUGAGUCACGGCAUAGGCAUGCAAUGAAUAGAAUACGUGGUGAGGGUGGUCGCUUCCAUUCAGGCAGUAGCCAGUCGAAGAAUUAAGAGAGCGAUAGAAAAACACACAAAUCCCAUCAUUAAAUGCAUCUCCUGGCAAUCUCUUCAAGGGGAAGACAAAUCAUUUUUUAUCAAUGAGAAAAUAUCCUUGAAUUUAUCAGGAUAAAAUGAAAAAGUUCAGACAAUUUCUUCUUUAUUUUUUUUUUCUUAAGUUAAUGUCCAAACAGAUAAAGAAAAUCAGAAUAAAAGAAAAAGAAAA